AAGCUUAAAGUAUAUAAAAACGAAAUUCAGAUUCAGAGCAACAAACAAAUAGCAUAUAAUUAAAAUAACAUGGAAUAUGAAAGUGUGCUGAUUGUGAAGCCUGAGGUGUUUAUAUACAAAAUACCGCCGCGCGCCAGCAACAGAGGAUAUAGAGCAGCCGAUUGGAAUCUGAAAGAGCCCACCUGGACAGGUCGCAUGCGUUUGGUGGCCAAAGGGACAGCAUGCAUUUUGAAGCUGGAGGAUAAGUCAAGUGGAGCGCUCUACGCCAAUUGCCCCAUCGAUACAUAUCCCGGCGUGGCCAUCGAGGCGGUGUCGGACAGUUCACGUUACUUUGUUAUACGCGUCCAGGACGACAAUGGACGAUCGGCAUUUUUGGGUCUGGGCUUUGGCGAUCGCUCGGACUCCUUUGAUUUGAAUGUAGCGCUGCAGGAUCACUUCAAAUGGGUAAAGAACCAAGAACAAAUCGAAAAGGAGAAAACUGAACCAAAGCAGGAGCUCGAUCUGGGUUUCAAGGAGGGCGAGACGAUCAAAAUUAAUAUGCGCAUAACGAAAAAAGAUGGAUCGGAAGGCACCUCGCGCACUGGAAAAGGCAAAGGUGUGGGUGGUGUAUUGCCACCGCCACCCGGCGGUCUAGGAAAAAUUGCUCCUCCGCCUGCAGCGGCGGCGACGGUACGGCAAAGUCCAGGCGUGUCUCCAGCGCACAGACCGGGUGCUGGGGGCACUGGCACGGAAUGGACCGAUUAUGCAUCUGCUGGUGGCAACCAGGGGCAACAGAACUCGGCAAACGCAAAUUGGGUGCAGUUCUAAGACAUCCAAUGUUAAGAAGGGAGAAAGGAAAUCAACUAGGCAAUGGCCAGGACUAUGGCACACACCUUUUGUGUUAAGGAUCUUCGAUACGUUUUAUUAUCUACACUAUUAUUAUUAUUACACUACUAUUACAAUUGUAUUCCUCCUCACUGGCUAAAUUGAAAGGCUUUAAUGGACAACAGCUAUUGGCACACAACAUAAAUUAGUUGAAUGUUCAAAUGUAAUUUAUCUUCAAUGGCGAGUUGAUCCUUCUUUUGGCGUAGACUUUCGACAAGUAGCGAGUUGUUAAUUGUGUAAAAUAUUUGAUCGAAAUUGUAACUUGUAUUUAUAUUUUAUAUUAACGGAACUUAACUAAACCAACGCAAUGUAACGAUGAGUUGAUGUUAUAUUGAAGCAAGCAAGCAAACGCAAAACCAAUUUAGUAGAAAUUAAGUGAAAGUUGUAGCAAAAGGCGAAUGCGAAAGUGAAAGGCAGCAGGACAGGAAGACAGGAGGAAAGCAACCAACAAUGAUAUACAUAUUCAAGUUUCGCGUACUUAUUGUUUACACUGCUUUAUUCAUUAUACAUACAAUUAUUUUGUAUGCAUACAAAUUGUUAUAGUUAUGCAAAAGAAGAUCUGUUAUUUAACAAAUAUUUUUUUACAUGCAUACUUACUAAUAACAAUCAGGCAAUAUUAUAAAAAUUUAUUUACAUUCAACAUUCCGUUACUAAGAACAUAUAUUUGUUUUUAAAUUAUGAUUAUUAUUUUUUAGUGUAUGUACACAAUAUGAUGGGCAUGAACAGAACAGAACAGAGGAUAACGAAUUCAUUUUGUGAUUUACUUUGUGAUUGCAAAGUGUUUAAAUAGUUUAUUGUAACUUGCUCUCAAUAAUCGCACAGGUUUUUUUUUUUAUUUUUCUUUCAUGCAUAUACAUACAAUACGACUUUUUCGGUACAUGAAGAAAAGUAAUGAAUAUAUGUAACUCAAGAGAAAACAAAACAUAAAAAUAUAUAUAUACACAAAAGAAAAUGCAUAGCAAUUAAGUAAAUCAAAUGAAUUAUAUAUACACACAUACAUAGACAUAUAUGUAUGUAUAUGUGCAAAUGAGAAAUCUGCAUAUGUAUUUAAAUAAACAUAUGUGUGUGUGGCAAAUACGCGCACACACGAAAACUACGUUUAAAUGUUUAUUAAUAGCAACAAAAAAAAAAAAACAACAAAAAAACUGAAAGUAAAUCCAUAAAGCUUUUUAAAUGUGUUGCACCCAGCAGCUUAAGCAGCUCUGUGCUACUCCCGAAUCUGUGCUUGCCACUAAUUUGUUGUUGUUUAGCCCCCAUGUUAACUGUAAUUGAAGUUCACGGAUAGCUGCACAGGCUCAUAUGUAUGUAUUUACAUGUAAGAGUUUACAGUUUAUAAAAACAAAAAAGAAAACAAGAAAAAUAAAGCCAGGCCACUGUUUUAUUUGCCUAA